AUGCUCGGACUCUUCUCUAAGGCGCUCUCCUAUUUCUGGAGGCGUGCAGAUGACAAAGAAGGAGAAGAGGAGAGAUGGGCAGACUCGGGUGAUAAAGCAUUAAAAACUGUGCGAGGAGUGGUGACUAGAUUUUGCCAUGAUUAUGGGAUGAUAGAUGACAUGAUCAUCUUCACCAGGGAUGCUGUUUCAAAAAAUAAGCUGCUGACUGUUGGGCAGGAAGUUACUGCCACUGUUGAAGAGGAUAAAACAUCAGGUGGCUUGAAGGCCUUGAGGGUAGAUGCUGUCCAGAAUACAUGGGAAAGUUCCACUUCCACUUGUGAGGCUUCUGAACUAAAUAUGAAAAUAUUAAUCGGCAAUAUUACCUCUCUCUCUAAGGAUGGUGGCUAUAUUAACCAGAAUACUUUUUUUGCAAUGGAAAACGUCUGUGAAGGCUUCAAACCUUAUGAAGGUGACUGGGUGCAAGCAAAAUAUUUUAUUAACCCAAUAACAUGGAACAGUGAAGCAGUUGCUGUAAAGCCUUUGAGAUACAAGCAAGUAGACAAGGUUCGCAUUUCUGGCAUCUGGGGAAGAAGUGGUACAGUAGAUGAGAGUAUAUUUUUCACUUUGGAUUCACUGGAACUUCCUGAUGGCUAUUCACCUUGUAGACAUGAUCUAGUGAACACUGUUGUGGUGGAGAGCAAUCAGUCGUGUUACAUUUGGAGAGCUCUUUGCCUGGUGCCAGUCAACCAGAAUGGCCAGUCUCACUCUAAUGGAGUCGACCUGGAUGAGUCCUAUGAAAUCUUAAUGAGAGACAAAAGAUUGGAAGUAUCAAGAAUAACUGAUUUUGGAACUCUGAAGCAGGGGGAAUCUAAAAGAAUGAUCAUUUGGAUAGAGAAUAAAGGGACUAUUCCACAGGCCUUAAUCAGCUGCAGAUUAGCUGGAUGGGUGAAAGACAAGCAAUUCAGUUUUCAGAUUCCUCAAAAACAUGAGAACAGACCAGAGGCCUAUCUGUCAUCCUUUCUAAUAAAUCAAGAAGCCCUUUCAAAAGCUGCAAUUAAUUCAUGUAAUGACAGUGGAAAAGCAACAUGUGAGUCAUUGAAUAAUGCAUCCAUUAUGAAGAAUGGAGUCGUUGCAGAAGGAAUUAAUUAUCAGGACACACAUUUAUCAAGGGCAAAAGAACACUUCCCUGUGGUGAAAUGUGAAAAUCUACAUCAUGAAAAAAAUGAGCAAAGAGGUGAUGUGGAACAGCCAGUAAAGCAUGUUGAUAUUACUGGAGAAAUUGUUGUACCACCAGGUGGAAAGAUACCCAUAGUGAUCAUAUGCACAGCUGUAAAUCCUGGGUACAGUAAAGAACUCCUGUUGCUUGGUUUUCCUGAUGUUACUGUUGGACACUGUAUUGAAGCCACUGUAACAAAUGAAGAAGAAUUACUAAUAGCACCUGUGGAACCAUUUUCUCUGAGGAGUCCUAAAAAUACUUCUGAACCUCAGCCAAAGAAGACAACAGUGAUUGCCCCUAAAUACAAAAGAACUUCCAGAAAGUUGCCGAGUUUCCUCCCAUAUUAUACCAUACCAGAUGAGUUAAGAAAAUGUGUGGAGCAGAGGUUAGACAUCCUGACCUUUCAGCCCCUCCUAGCAGAGCAUCUUAAUCUAGAGAAUUAUAAGCCCAAAUUUUCUACGCUCUUGUGGCUUGAAGAGAUCCAUGCAGAAAUGGAAAUAAAAGAUUUUAACAUGAGUGGGGUUACUCUGAAAAGGAAUGGAAACUUCCUGGUGUUGGAAGUGCCAGGAGUGGAAGAGGGCAGACCUCGUCUGGUUACAGGUGAUAAGGUGAUACUGAAAAGUCAGGUCUACUCUGAGCAUGUAAUAGAGUACAUUGGCUAUGUUACUGAGAUAUGUAAUGAGGAUGUUACUCUGAUGUUUAAUGCAGACUUUGAAGAGACUUACAACUUGGAACCCAUGGAUGUAGAAUUUGUUCAUAGCAGCCUAAAGAAGAGAAGAUUCAGGGAAGAUCUUAUCAAUGGUUAUAAACACUUAACGGAUGGGUAUCAGGAGGAUGGGGUCAGUGUGUUUUCAGGGGUGCCCAGCACCAGGAAAAGAGAUAUUGGGGAAAACUUGAGCGUCAAAAAAAUGCAGAGCGAACAGGCAAAAGGCAGAGCAUCAAGGGAUGUGGACAUACCAGAUGUGACAGGAGUAGCUGCACAAAGAAACCCACCUGUUGGUGAAACUGUGACACUUAAACAGAGAGAUGGUGUAUUUUUCAAUCCUAUGUUGAAUGAGCAACAGAAACUGGCAGUGAAAAGAAUCUUGAGUGGUGAAUGUCGUCCAAUACCUUACAUUCUCUUUGGACCACCAGGAACUGGGAAGACAGUAACAGUAAUUGAAGCUAUUUUACAGAUACAUUAUGCUCUACCAGAUAGUCGAAUUUUGGUUUGUGCACCAUCAAAUGCUGCAACAGAUCUGAUUUGCUUGCGUCUGCACGAAAGCAAUAUGUUAGAGCCAGGAGCUAUGGUCCGAGUUAAUGCUAGCUUCAGGUCAACAGAGCAAAUUGAUGACCUAGUGAAACCUUACUGCAGAGAUGGUGAAGAUAUUAAGAAAGCAUUGUGGUUCAGAAUAAUAGUUGUCACAUGCAGCAGUGCAGGGAUGUUUUAUCAAACAGGAAUAAGACUUGGACACUUCACUCAUGUGAUUUUGGAUGAGGCAGGGCAAGCAAGUGAACCAGAGAGCCUGAUUCCCAUUGGAUUGAUUUCAGAAGCUAAUGGACAGAUCAUUCUUGUUGGAGAUCCAAAGCAGUUAGGGCCUGUAAUUAAAUCUCAAAUUGCACUAGCUUUUGGAUUGAAUAUAUCCUUGCUGGAAAGACUGACAUCAAGAGAGAUAUAUCUGAGAGAUGAGGAUGCUUUUAGUACCUCUGGAGCAUAUAAUCCUUUGGUGAUCACAAAACUCACAAAGAACUACAGGUCACAUUCUGCACUGCUUGCCUUGCCAUCUAAAUUGUUUUAUGAUAAGGAACUAGAAGUUUGUGCAGAUGAUGCAGUAGUAACUUCUCUGUUGCAUUGGAGCAAAUUGCCCCGGAAGGGAUUUCCAUUAAUUUUCCAUGGAAUAAGGGGCAGUGAAGUACGUGAAGGCCACAGUCCCUCGUGGUUUAAUGCAACUGAAGCAGUUCAGGUAAUGCGGUACUGUUGCCACCUUGCUAAAAAUGAAAGUGCUGCAGUGUCAGUGGCUGAUAUUGGAGUGAUUACACCAUAUCAUAAACAGGUGGAAAAAAUUAAAUUUCUUCUGAGAAGUGUUGAUUUGGCAGACAUUAAAGUUGGCAGUGUAGAAAUGUUUCAAGGACAGGAGUACACAGUUACCAUCUUAUCAACAGUGCGAUCUCAGGGAGGUUUACUUGGUGAUGGCAGACACUGUUUGGGAUUUCUCUCUAACCCUAAGAGAUUUAACGUGGCAAUUACUAGAGCAAAAGCUUUGCUGAUUGUUGUGGGAAAUCCUCAUGUUCUUGUGAAAGAUCCCUGUUUCUGUGCAUUGUUAGAAUACAGUGUAAUGAACAGAGUUUAUGUGGGUUGUGAUUUGCCUUCAGAACUGCAACACCUGCAGGAGUGA